GAAUGUAUGUUUUGAAAUGUUAUAAUUCUUGACAAUAAAGAGAUGUUCCGGAUGAUUUGAAACGGGUUAAAUCCGUAUCCGGGUCGUGAACCCGAGGAUCUAGGGUUGGUAGGAAUCUCGCGCCACUCGUCGUUGUGAAUUUCGUACUAGGCAGAACCCAGGAGAAUCCUUUCGUCCCACUGCAGUCUCUUCGGACCGCCAAUUAUGGAAGCGCCGGUGCCGGAGCAGCUUACCGAGACGCAACAAAAUCAAAGAAUGGUGGAAUAUGAGGUUGCUCGGAUAUACGAUUUUUUCCUCCGGGCUCCUCGCAGUGCUCAAGAAUUCAUGUUGGAGCUUCAGCGUGAAAAUCAUAUCGAAUAUCUUACUAAUGGUCUCAAUCAUCUAGGACCCUCAUUUCGCGUAUUGGAUGCCAAUCGUCCGUGGAUUUGCUAUUGGAUCCUGCAUUCUAUUGCUCUACUGGGAGACUCUGUAGAUGCUGAACUGGAGGCUAGGGCCAUUGACUUUCUUAAUCGUUGUCAAGACUCAGGUGGUGGAUAUGGAGGUGGACCUGGACAGUUACCUCACCUAGCAACAACUUAUGCUGCAGUGAACUCACUUGUCACAUUGGGGAGUCAUGAAGCUUUGUCGUCAAUUAAUAGACAUAAACUAUACACGUUUUUGCUGCAGAUGAAGCAUCCUAGCGGAGGCUUCAGGAUGCAUGACCAAGGAGAAAUAGAUGUCCGUGCUUGCUACACUGCAAUUUCUGUUGCCAGUAUAUUGAACAUCUUGGAUGAUGAACUAGUUCAAAACGUGGGAAACUACAUUCAAAGUUGUCAAACUUUUGAAGGUGGUAUUGCAGGAGAACCUGGAUCUGAGGCUCAUGGUGGGUAUACCUUUUGUGGUUUGGCUACUUUGAUUCUGAUCAAUGAGGUUCGCCGGUUGGACUUGCGGAGUUUACUUGACUGGGUGGUGUUUCGUCAAGCUGGUUUAGAGUGUGGAUUUCAGGGAAGAACAAAUAAGUUGGUUGAUGGAUGCUAUUCGUUUUGGCAGGGAGGCGUUUGCUCACUAUUAAAAAGAUUAAGUUUGGAUAUUGAUGAACAAUCAGUUCAACCUGAUGCUCGAGAAGGCUCUUCUUUUGAUGAUCUAUCAACUGGUGUGGAUACUUCUCGAAAGGUCAACUAUAAUGAUGUUGGUUAUGAAUUUAUCAAGAAGCAUCCGAGUAGUCAACCUCUUUUUAACAGUUUAGCCUUACAGCAAUACAUACUUCUGUGCGCACAGGUACCUGAGGGCGGACUAAGAGACAAACCUGGGAAGCCAAAAGACUACUACCACACGUGUUAUUGCCUAAGUGGCCUCUCGUUGUGUCAGUAUAGCUUGUCUAAUGAAGAUUCCCCACCACUUCCCCAGGCAGUAGCAGGACCCUAUUCCAACCUCCUGGAGCCUGUCCAUCCGCUAUACAAUGUUGUCUUCGAACGUGCAAUUGAAGCACUUGAUUUCUUUAGGGGGAAAUAGGUUUCCAGCGUUGUCAACUCCCCCUCCCCCCCAAAUCAUCCUUGUCUAUUAUCACGGUGCAAUCAUCAGAUGCUACUACAUUUAGUUGCUAAGGAAACCCUUAGGGUAUGAUAUUCUCGGUAGUGGCUACUAUGACUCGAAGUCUUUUGUUAGACCAAUGCCAACUAUGACUACAUCUCCUCCAAACCUAGUCGAUCCUAACCAUGGAGAAGGGAGCUUUCAUUCUUAACUAAAGAUCUUGUCCUAUUUUCAAAACAAUUUGUAUCCUACAUCUAUGGAUAGUUUUGGAAGUGAUGCAACACAAAGAAACGUAUUUUAUUUGAGCUCUUAA